GCACCGUCAAAAAUCGAAAAAAGUUUUACUGAAAUUUUAGUGAUUGUUUAAACUUUUUAUUAAAAACAAUGAUGGAAUCAGGCCGUAAACCCUUUCACGAGCCCUUUCAUAAGUAUGUUGUGCCCGCGCCGGCGUGCAUGGAUUUGUUUUCCAAAAGACAUACAUUCUCGAAGAACGAUCCUACAUUAUUCCAAAAGUGAUAUCAAGUGCGAAACCUUAAAAUGGAAAAUACAACACAGCAAGAUAUUUAAAAGAUUUAUAGAGUUUGUGAUUUACAUUUUUAUAAUCAAGAUUACGUACCUGGAAUAAAAAGAGGUUUAGAAGUUAAUUAUCUUCCAAGUGACUUUUUAUAUACACCAGUUUAUAUGGAUGAUCAACCUACUGGUAAUUUGGUAUCCAGUGAUGUCGAUCCAAGUACAAACCUUGUAUUUAAAAACAAACAUUUGUUGUAGAACUUGUUGGUGGACCACUCUCUCGUUGGAAUUAGACUUGUACUGUUACCUGAGAAAAGCAGUAACUGAAAAGGAGAAAGGAUCAGAUAUCCGAAAACCAGGAAUCUUCCAGAGUGCAGAUGAUGCAGUUUUUGCGAGUGAGAUCGGAAGCAUAGCAAAGGAAUCGUACAACCUGUGAAUUCAGUUUAAUUACUGAGAUCAAGGAUGGUGAAACAUUCAUUAUGAUUAUACAGAGCUACAAAGAGUUAUGUUAAGAACCCAAAUUAUCAUAAUGAAUUGAGGCAGAAUCGCAAUGAAUUGAAAAAUGCAGAAUAAAAGGCAUUUUUAUAUGAUUACAUGAAUCCAAUGUUUUUAUCAAAUCGUCACAUAGAUAAUAUUUCUCUACGCGUAAUACUAAAAUUAAAAAGGCCAGCUUAAAACAACUUUAAAAGUUACUUUACUUUAAUUUUUAAAUUUUCAUCGCGUGCGAAAAAACAGUGCUUCGCAUGGCUUCGGCUUCGGCGCGCUUCGCUUAAGUGCGCAUCAUACUUUAAAUGUUUGCGAAGCGCCGGCGCCAAAAUGUCAUUGGAUUAAUUGCAUGUAUUUUGAUUUUGAUUCUUCGCGUUACUUCGCUUUAAUCCGUAGGUCUGCAUUUUUAUACCAUUGAUCUAAUUCACGUUUUUUCGCCGCGCUUCGUAUAAGUUCGCGACAAAACUUUGUUAGUUGUAUUUUAUAUUAUUUAAUGCUAUUGUAUUGAUUUAUUAUUAUUAUUGUAUUUAUAUGAAGAAGUUAAGUAGAGCAGUGCCG